UUUAAUAUUUAUGAACCGGAAGACGUUCAGUUUGAGUAGAUUACCCAAGAUGCUCGGCGUGCUUGUAGCAGGGGGGAAUGUGUGACAAUGGCAACAGAUACUACAGAAAAUAACCCACCUUUCGACUGUCCAUCAUGGGCAGGGAAGCCUCCAGCAGGACUGCAUUUGGACGUGGUGAAAGGAGACAAACUUGUUGAGAAACUGAUCAUUGAUGAAAAGAAGUAUUAUUUGUUCGGGAGGAACCUAGACAUCUGUGACUUCACCAUCGACCAUCAGUCGUGCUCUCGCGUGCAUGCGGCUCUCGUCUACCACAGGCAUUUGAAAAGAGUGUUUCUCAUCGACCUCAACAGCACACAUGGUACGUUCCUGGGACACAUUCGCCUGGAGCCCCACAAGCCCCAGCAGGUUCCCAUCGACUCCACCAUGUCGUUUGGCGCAUCCACGCGUGUUUACACCAUUCGGGAGAAACCUCAGAGUCAGCCGGGCUCCGGCGUCGGGGACAGUAAAACCGGGGACGACGAGGAGCUGAAGGGUCUUCUGGGACUUCCAGAGGAAGAGACUGAACUGGAGAAUCUGACUGAGUUCAACACGGCUCAUAACAAGCGCAUCUCCACCCUCACCAUAGAGGAGGGCAACCUGGAUAUUCAGAGACCCAAGAGGAAAAGGAAGAACUGUAACUGCACCUCAAUCAACCACUGGCUCAUCCACAACAGAGACAUCGACCCCUCUGUUGGACGUUUCAGAAACAUGGUCACAACAGCUGUGGUUCCUAUUAAGAAGAAGAAAAUGGGCGGAGGCAAUGCGCUGGGAAUCGAGGAAACCAUGACCCGACACAUGCACAUGUUCCCUUUGCAUGGUGGACUCUACAGAGACCUUCCCCCGGCCAGUCACGAAGCUCAAUCCACAGGAGCGCCCGGCGGAGCCACAAUCCUGGGAGGACUGCCGUUACCCCUGCCCAACCCGGCCCCGGAUGUAGACCUGGCCCAGGAGGCCCCGCCGCCUCCACUCGUGCUCAACCCCACGCCGCUACCCGGCCCCUACAUCUCCGACCCUCUCAGUGAACCCCGCAAGAAGAAGUAUGCUAAAGAGGCAUGGCCUGGCAAGAAGCCCAUGCCUUCUCUGCUCAUCUAGCUGCUUAUUAAUAACACAGGAUGUGUCUGACUCGUCUAUACUCAUGAAUCUGGCAAACAGACUUUGAUUUUGACUGUACUACAAGAAUCUGAUUUAAUGCAAGAAAUUUGUAAGUUUUUAAAUAAGUUUUACCUCCUUAAAAUGAACACGGACUCACACUCAUGUCAUUUCAGAUCUGAAUUACUUUCUAAAUCCAGUGAAAUGCAGAAGGCACAGUUUAGUUGGAGAAUUUUGCUUUAUUUCGCGGUGUUCCUCCCACACAAUGAUCUGGUCAUGGCCUUAUAAAUCAUCUGUGUUUGUUUUGUUAAAAGAGCUGCUUGGACAUUGUGCAUCAGAUCUUUUGUGAUUCACAGGAAGUUUGCCAUGACAUGAGGGGUGAGUAAAUGACGUUUCAAUGCAUUUUGAUUGACCUAUUUCUUUAAAAUGCCAGCUUGAAAGUGUGGGAACCUAAAGAAAUGCAAACAAAAGUGCAUCACCUGGUCCAAACAGCAAAAUGUGUCAUGUUUAGCCUAAGACGGCAGAGGGUUUCACUUUUAUAAUGUACUCACUUUUUUUUUUUCUUUUUUUUAUAUGACUAUUUAUGUAAAAUGUUCAGAAGGUUUACAAGGAUGGGCUAUUUAUGUACACAUUUUAGCGCUAGAGACCAAUAAGUUCUUUCAAACUCAAUCACACUUACAUGAGCAUCAGUAAUGCAGAUGAUGGAUCCGGUAGAUGUUAGAGGUUUCAAAACUGUUGAAAUUCUGCAAUAUUGUAACACUUUACCUUUGUGAAGAUCUUUUUCCAAUGUAUUAGUUUCGUACAUCCGUUG